AUGGAGCAAUUUACGAAAACCAAAGAGAUCGAUAAGCAACGCGAAAGAGGAAUAGAAAUGGAUAUGAGGACACGAAGAUCUACUGCUAUCCAGUAUGAGAACUUUCAGCCCAAGUUUGAAUGGGUGGAAGAAGAGGGGGCAAAUGUUCUGCUCAUUUAUCUUCCUGAUUAUCUAAAGGAGCAGUUGAAAAUCACUUAUGUUCAUUCCUCCCGAAUGGUUCAAGUUACCGGAGAACGACCACUUACUUAUAACCAAUGGAGUCGAUUCAAUCAAAAUUUUCGUGUUCCUCAAAAUUGUGAGGUGAAUAAAAUUCAAGGCAAGUUCAAGAAUGAAAUUCUUUACAUUACAAUGCCUAAACCAACCAUCAAACAACCUCACCCCAAAGAAGAAGCAAAGGCAACCAAAGAGGAUCCAUUGCCUUCAAAAGAUGCCUCAGUAGAGAAGCCUAUGACUUCCCAAGUCCCUCAAAAGCCCACGAUGGAGCCAAAACAAACAGAUGAGAAGAAACCGGGAGUUCUUAGCCCUCCAGAAGCCUCGAAAGAUCAAAAGUCUCAAAAGGGUCAAGCUGAAACCCCACCAGAAGCUGCUUCAACUUCUGAUACCGUGAAGCAGAAAGAUGAAAAGCCGAUAACUGGAAAGAAAGAAAGCACAGCUGAAGUAAGCAAGAAGCCAGCAGAAUCAUUCGAGGAGAAGACCUUGUUUGAACAAGAGGAAAGCAUCAAGAAAAGAAAAGAAUCAGACAAUGCUUCUCUUAAAGCAUUGGAGAAAGACAAAGGAAAGGGUGUUAAAUUGGCUGGUUCUGGCUCUGAAGAGAAGCAGAAGCAGGAUUUCAAAAUUGCUGGGAAAGUCAAGGAAGUGAAGAAUGUAGCUGCAACUGCUGCAAAGAAGACCGUGAAAGGACUUAACGCCAUAGAGCUAAGUGAAGAAAGGCAAAAAUCAAUGGUGAAUAUAGGUGUUGCAGCCCUAGUGAUUGUAGCCCUUGGAGCUUACCUGGCUUAUAGCUACCAAUCAUCUAGAACAUCCACAGACUAA